AUGAAGUCUACACAUUGCUGUCUAGGCUUCCUCAUCGGUUUCCUCCUGACAGAUGGAAUAAAAGCUCAAUCAGCCCAGGAAUCUCUGAAGCCCCAGAGGGUAUAAUUCCAGUCCUGAAAUUUUCACAACAUUUUGCACUGGCAGCCUGGGAAGGUGCUUACGGGCACUCACAAUAUCUAUUUUGUUCAGUACAAAAUUAGUGGUCAGAAACAUUGGACAAAGAAAGAGGACUGCUGGGGUAUUCAGGAACUCUUUUGUGACCUUACCAAUGAAACUGUAGGCAUUCAAGAACCGUAUUAUGGGAGAGUUAAAGCAACUGCAUCUAAGACCCACUCCAGCUGUAGCAUGACCCCACGGUUCAUUCCCUGGUGGGAAACUAAAAUAAACCCUCCUGCCAUAAAUAUAACGCAACUUGAUGGAUCUUUGUUGGUCAGUCUCUGUGCUCCAAAUUCACCAUACAGAGACCAAAAAGGAAAAAAUAUAUCAAUGGAAAAUUACUAUAAAUUAGUAUACAGGGUGUUUAUAAUUAACAAUUCACUAAAAAAGGAGCAAAAGGUUGACGAAGGAGCUGACAGAGUUGUUGAAAUUGAAGCUCAAACACUUCACACAGGAUACUGCGUAGUGGCUGAAAUAUAUCAGCCCCUGUUAGACAGAAGAAGUCAGAGAAGUCAAAAGAGAUGCGUGGAAAUUCUGUGA